UGCCCGAUCGAGCUCCGCUAAUUGAAGACGCCACGCGAUAACCCCAGCGCGUUCCGAUCUUAACCUCAAAAAAUCGCGAUGUCGCUCGGCAGAUUGUUGGUGUUGUGCGCGGUACUCGUCGCGCUGGGCGACUGUUUGCUUUUCCGGGAGGGCGCGUACAAGACCAGAAAGAAGGGACGCAAGGAGAGGAUCACCUCCGUGGAGGCCCUCGAACCCGGACGAAUCCCGGACUCGAAUUAUCUGAAGAUAAGUGCUGUGAUACCGAGACUGCAUCGAGCCGGAGUCCGCGACUUUCGCAACCUCCAGGACCUCACGUUAUCCUCGUGCGGUAUCAUAGAUUUGGAACCGGGGGCGUUCCUCAACGUUUCCUCCCUAUCGAGACUCAACCUCAAAGAAAACGCUAUAGAGCACGUGCGCGCGGGGGUGUUCAACAAACUUAACCUCUCGGUAAUCUUUCUCAACAAGAACGAAAUAAAGACAAUCGACGGGGACGCUUUCGAUGACAUGCCGACGCUGACGAAAAUCAAACUCAACUCCAACAAACUGGCCGUUUGGGACGCCAACUGGUUCAAAAACACCCCUUCGUUGAACCACCUGUCGUUUCGAAGGAACCUGCUGGAAGAGCUACCGGAUUACGCGUUCCGACACGUGCACGGCUGGCACUUGGUCGAUGGCAAGGAGGUUACCGACACCAAGAUACUCCUCAGCAACAACAAGAUCACCGCGAUCAGCCCCAAAGCGUUCUCCGGUCUCGGGAAACUGGGCCAGCUGUACCUCGAUAGGAACCGUAUCCGAGAGAUCGACCCCACGGUGUUUUCCGACCUGGAGAUGAUCCGCACCGUGGAGUUAUCGAGGAACAACCUUACCGAGGUGCCGGAGGGUUUGUUCGCAAGUGUCAGGGUGAACAACUUUUACGCGCGCUCCAACAGGCCGUUGAGGUGCGUGCCGCGGGACCUGGUGCGAGCGGCUUCGAAGGUCGUCGUGACGGGUAUCAGGAAGAUCGACUGCGAGUGCAUCGGGAAGCUGCGGAGCGUCGGCGUCGUCGAGAGCGAUUGUUGAGUGCGUAGCGACCUAAUUGUCGGCGAUUAAUUUGACCUUGAUCGACUUGUAGGUUGAUAGUGUUGUUGUUUAUUGUUAUUAAAAACGUAUCGCGUU